UCGCUACUGUGCUUGUAGAGUUGCAAUUGGUGGAGGAAGAAGCCUAGCUUCCAGUUCAAUUCCAGCAGAAGCUUGCGUUGGACGUUUUUGUGACGUGUUGUUGCAAGAGAUCUGUUUAAAGUUUGACUUUUUUUGAGGAGCUCAUAAAGUAAAUUGUUAAAAUUGUUUGUACCUGAGCAUAACCAUGAGAUUAGUGUAUUUACCCUGUAUCCUCUUGGCUGCAAUAAUCUGCACCUGUGCGGGCAAUGUUGUGCCACCAAAAGAGGAGACUCAGACCCAUGAGGUAGCAGAUGUAACUACUGCAAUGCCUUCAAAACCUACAAAUGCCGCCAAUCCUACUGUAGUUUCUGAUGAUUCUAAAACUCCAAACGCUCUAGCUAAUAAUAUAUCAACUGCUAAUAUUUCCCUCCCUAAUUCCAUUAGUAAUGUUACUAAUGCUACCACUGCAUUUCCAAUGACAUCUUCUGUAUCAACAAGCACAACUGCAAUUUCAACUACAACUACAACAACUACAAUCCCAGUAACAAAAUUGACAACAACAAAAAAACCAGAAACUACAACCGAAAAAAUUACAACUAGCAAUGUACCACCAUCUACAACUACAAACAGCCCAAUCACUGUUUCACCACCAUCUGCUACAACAGCAGUUCCAAUAUCAACAAAGGAAGCUCCACCUUCACAAUCGCCUGAUAAAGGACGAGACUUUGAUGGUCUCAGUUUCGUAGGUGGUAUCAUUUUAGCUGUUUGCUUAAUGGCGAUUGGCACAUUCUCAUGCAAAUUAUACAAAAGAAGGAAAGAAGGAAAUUACCGUACACUAUGAUCUUGAGAAGGCUGUCGUCUCGAAAAGUACCAUUUUUUGACAACUUAAACACAGUUAUUCAAACUGAAAACUAAAAAUUUUACUAUAACAAUAUUGCGUAUUUUUAUAACGUACUUAAGUGUCGCGUGGUUUAAGUGCUCUUAGUAAUGUAAUGUGCAAAAAAGCGAGUUCCGUUUCUUUGUACCCAAUUACAAAGACGAGUUACAUGUAUUACAGUAUUGUCUCUACAGAUUCGCACGCGUAUUGUGAUUGCGAGUGCAAUCGCGAGAACGGGAAAGUAAUAAAUGUGAAAGGCUGGAAUAGAAGGAGAAAGUGGAGUAGCUAAAGGGUAUGAGAAAGAAAGAGAGAGAAUCUGAACGUUACCAUGCAUACGCGCGGUUGGCGAAUGAAGAUUGACGACCAAUCAAACGUAACAUUCCAUUAAGAUCAAUUCAACGGAACGACGAUUGACAUAUUAUUUUUCAUUAGAUUUUGUCAAAUGUAUCUUUUAUUUUCGGUUUUUUUGUUUUAAUUUCAUUUACAAAUGUUUAUCGUACAUGAAAAGGACAAACAGUUAUGUUAACGUAAAAGUAUCAAAGUGUA